AUCUUAUGUUUCAGCUAUAGAUUCAUGAAGGGAGUGCAGAUGAAGCCAGUUUAAUAAGAAGAGAAUGAACAAGUGAUCAAACAGGUUUGCCCUUGUGUUUGCUGAUCAUCUGUCAGGUGAUCACUGUCAACUGCGUUUGAAUAUGGAUCCACUCCGGUCGUAGUUUAUUCGUAAUAUGGAACUAAUGGAGGAAAAUUAAAGCUUGAAAAGGGCUGUACAUGGCAGAAAGACAUGAUUUUCUUUACCACCUUAAAUCUGUCCUUUGGAGAAAUUCAACUGCUAUUCUCAGAGAAAGUGGAGUAUAGUAUUUUGGGCAUAUCUGCUCUCCUUUUCCUUAUAGCCCUCUGUCUUUUAAUAUGGCAGAUAUACCGCUACUGUAUGCUGUUUCCUGUUUUACAAAGAGCUGGUAAGUGUUCAUGCUAAUUAACUGAUUGACUUUUAUAUUUGGCCUAAUAUUACACAAUAAUAUUAGUACUUAUUACUGUUAACAGUUGUAGCCUAGAUGCACAGUAUUGUAUAAGAUGUAUAUGAUUCAUUAUAUCUACGCUACAGUACAAAACUGGGGUCAGCCAGAAUACUUUUUUUUUUUCUUAAAGAAAUUGAUACUUUUAUGCAGAAUAUAUGCAUUAAAAUGAUCAAAAGUGACAGUAAAGACAUUUAUAAUGUUACAAAAGAUUUUUGUUUCAAAUAAAUGAUGUUCUUUUGAACUUCAUAUUCAAAGAAUCAUGAAAAAAGUGAUCACGGUUUCCACAAAAAUAGUGAUAUUAAGAAAUGUUUUGUCAGCACCAAAUCAGCAUAUUAAAAUUAUUUCUGUAGGAUCAUGUGACACUGAAGAGCAAUUCAGCUUUGCCAUCACAGGAAUAAAUUGCAUUAUAUUUUUAUUAUUAAAAUAGAAAACAAUUACUUCAAAUUGUAAUAAGAAUGUUUAAUAAGAAGCUUUAGAGCAUGCCUCAAAGCUAACAGGGUUUAUGCAGAAUAUCUAUCAACAUGUAUAUGAUUCCAGUGAAUAUUGUGUUAGCAGAUGGCGUAUUGCCUAAAAGCGGAGGUUUUCAGUAUGGUACACAAACACGAGACUCUAAGGUAAGAUCCAUUUACAUAAACCAUCAUUAACUUCAUACCCUGGAAUGCAACCAUUUUGUAGUGUGUUUGCUUCCAUAUAUUCUGCUUGCUCUGACUUAGAUCAAAAAAAAAAAAAAAAAAAAAAUGAAAAACAAGUUUUGCAUAUAGUUUGCUUUGGUUGCCAAACAGUAUGUCUGUAUUUCUAAAUAUCCAAUAAGAGACUAUGUUAGAAAAUUAGACCAGAUACACACUCUGUCCAUCAGAUGGAGGUUCAUUAUGAGGAACUGAGCCACCAACUGUCCCCUGGCUCCUCUUGCACCAACCUGGGCAGUAGUUUCGACCUGGAUAGCAUGGUUGAUCUUGAAGAGGAGCACAUCCAGGGAUCUCUGCGCUUUUCACUGUUCUAUGAUCAGCUGCAGGCCAGACUGGUGGUGACCGUACUGGACGCCCAGGAUCUGGCCGUGCGAGACUUCAGUCACAGUGUGGACCCUUUUGUUUGGGUGCGGUUGCUGUGGGCAGAGAGAGAAGAUGAGGAGCAGUGUUCACUGCACAGUGUGCUGCACGAGUGGCAGACACGUCUAGUGAAGAAGAGCUGCAGUCCUGUGUUUGGAGAUCAGUUCUCUUGUGCUCUGGCUGAGAAGGAAGUAUCAAGAGUCACUGUUAAAUUUGAGGUUAGGGACUUUGAUAAAUACUCAAGACAUGGAAUUCUGGGAGAGGCUCGUGUUCCCCUGAACAGUCUGAAGAUAUCAUAUCCCCUGGAGUUAAGACAGGAUCUGCAAGUACCCAAGAAAGACAUGGUUGGUGAGGCGCUGCUCUCUCUGAAAUACUUGCCUACAUCUCAGAGGCUGGAGGUGGGAGUGUUGAAGAUCCGCACAGUCUGUCAUCCCAAUAAAACAGAGAGAGCUCUCUAUGCCAGAGUCAGCGUCACCUGCAACCAGUGCAAACUUCGACAUCAGAGGACAACACAGAAGAAGCGCUGGGAGGUGACUGUGUUUAAUGAGGUCAUGACCUUUGUGUUGCCAGAUCAACAGAUAAGAGAAUGCUCCAUUCUAGUGUCUGUUUUUGAACUUCAGCCUUCAAAGAAGUCCUCCAAGCGUUUGAUGGGUAACAUCCACUUCAAAACGGACAAGACCACCGAGAAUGAGCACUGGAAGCUCAUGAUGCAAUCACUACGACAGCCAAUCGCUAAGUGGCAUUUAAUAUUCAUCUGAAUACGUCUCAUGUUUAUUGACGCACGCACAUGCGCUCUCAUUUCCCAAGGUGGGAGGUCAUACUCCUGACUUGUGUGUGUGUUUUCAGGAUGGAAUGUGGAAACAGCAUGUGCGCUGUCAGGAAUAAAGAGCGCUGAAGGUUUGUUAUUAGUGUUUCUUCAUCUAUGGAUACUCUUGGCACCGUGGACUUUAUAUUAUUAUUAUUUUUUUUUUUUUUUUUGACUUUAACUUUUCACUUUAUUUUUAUUUUUUCAACUAACAAUAAUAUAUAACAGAAGAGAUAUUACAUCAUUUUUAUAAUUGAAUAAUUUUAUAUAAUAAUAAUAAUAAAGUCAUGAACAUUUCCACCACAUCUCAAAUUAUGAAUUGUGUUUAGUAGCGUUCUGCGAUGGAAAUUACAUUUUAAACAUUUUUGGAAUACAAGAAUUGACACUACUGUCUUGCUAAGGCUAAUUUCAUAGCUGACAUUUUAUAUAUUCUAAAUUUAGCUAGAUAUUUUCACACUUUAAUGUAGUAAUUAUUUAGCAGUAGUUUGUCAAAAAAUUCAGCUUGUUUGGAAAUUAUGCACAAUAAAAAAUAGAGAAGAAUGUACUUCACUGACACUGUCUCUUGGUAUUUAAACGCUAAAAAAAAAUAAAUUUAAACUUAGAUUUAAAAGUAAUUAAGAAAUGAAGUGUGUGUUUGUGUGUAACUUCUAUAUGCAUACAGUACUCAGCUUGAUGAGUACUAAUGAGUACUUAAUGAGUACACCCAGUCUGAAAGUCACCAAAUUCAGUAAUUACUCUUAGCAGAUAAACUGUAUAUUGUUGUUUUCGAAGGACAAGUUACCUACUGUAUCCACAAGAUGGCUCUCUAACACCAAUAGACUAAUCAGGCUUAUCUGUUCUUUUGACCUAACACGUCAGUCCUCUGAAUGAGGCAGUAGCUGCACUGAACUCAUGUUGAUGUUCGUUUAGAGUAAAUUCGUAUAUAUAAUCAUAAUAAUAUCUUAAUUCUAAUGCCCCACCCACAAUUCUAAUUUAUUAACACU